AUGGCGAUUCCACCCAAAAAUCGGCACACACAAAUUGAUAUGUUCGAGUUAACGGGUGACAAAUCGACAGUACUAUCUACAAAGGAUACUCAAAACAAUAAGAAGCCUCAGCCCAUAGGACGAUAUGGCUUGAAGCCACCGCCAUCGCCCAAGGUGAAAAAGGUGAGACCGACACUGAAAAGCUCUGCCCUUCAACUCAGGGCAGCGUGGAAAUCCCCGUGGGACAAGUAUGAAAAGAUCUAUGAUCUUGAACUUGGUGGUCCCGUUGCAGUAGCGGUCCGAAAAGUGCCUCCAAUAGAGCUCGUUCAUGUGAGGGCAUUUUUGAAACCGGUGGCCGAGAAGGCACUUCAUAUGUUCCGACAACUUCAGCAUCAUAAUAUUAUUGCUGCCCUAGAUGCUUUUACCACUGACGAGGGCCUCUUUAUCAUUCUCGAGCAUAUGCCUAUAUCUCUCGACCGAAUCGUCAGCUCCCCAGCCUACCCUGAUGAGCAACAACUCGCUGCUAUCCUCGGACAAAUUCUCAAUGGUGUGGCCUACCUCUCGGCGGAAGGAUUUGAACACGGAUCUCUGUGCUGCUCAAAUAUCUUCUUAAACACAAAUGGAGAAGUCAAGAUUGCAAAUCAAGAGUGUUGUCACUUAGCAGAAACCACAGGUGACCCUUGUGAUCUGAGGGCCCUUUCUCCAAUUGUGAUGGAGUUGAUGCAAAAGUAUGUCAAAGAAGAUGGUGCUAUCGGUAUCGACGACCUACACCGCUGGCAUCCCAACUCAAAUGCCGUCGGAUUCCUUUCUGCUACAACAUCCGCAACUUCGACUGUGGAAUUGCUCAAGCAUCCCCUUCUGACUAGUCCUUGGCGCAAGGAAUCUCUCCUUGGUUUGAUAUCUUUAGCUCAAGUUUGUUUACGUGGUCGUUACAAGUAUACACCAAAAGUGUAA